AUGGCUAAACCUCUUCCUUUUCUUCUCCUCCUUCUUCUUCUUCUUCUUCAGCUCUCCGUUUCCUUUGCUCUAAACGACACAAAUGCCCUCACACUCUUCCGCAUUCAGACCGAUGCACACGGCAACCUCGCCGGAAACUGGACCGGCUCCGACGCUUGUUCCGCCUCUUGGCGCGGCGUUUUCUGCUCGCCGUCUUCUCGCCGCGUCACCGGACUCUCUCUCCCUUCUCUCUCCUUAAGAGGACCGUUAAUCUCUCUCUCCUCCUUAGACCAGCUCCGCCUUCUCGACCUCCACGAUAACAGACUCAACGGCACCGUUUUACCACUCACAAACUGUACCAGCCUCAGGCUCGUUUAUCUCGCCAGUAACGAUAUCUCCGGAGAAAUACCCAAAGAGAUCUCUUCCCUCAAGCGAAUGAUACGUCUCGAUCUCUCCGACAACAACAUCCGUGGAGUAAUCCCUCAAGAGAUUCUCGGGUUUACCCGGAUUCUAACAAUCAGGCUCCAGAACAACGAGUUAACGGGUCGGAUCCCGGAUUUUUCUCGGGUGAGGUCGCUUCUUGAAUUAAACGUCUCUUACAACGAAUUGCACGGAAAAGUCACCGACGGUACAGUGAAGAAGUUCGGGGAAUUGAGCUUUUCCGGUAACGAAGGAUUGUGCGGGUCGGAUCCGUUACCGGGUUGCUCCUUCACGAACGACCCGGAAUCUUCCAACACAGAUCAGAUCGUUCCUUCGAAUCCGACUUCGAUUCCGCAUACUCCGGUCUCCGCCGGAGAACCGAAGAUCCACGGCCACCGAGGGCUUAAACCCGGAGCAAUCGCCGCCAUUAUCGGCGGCAGCGUGGCGGCUAUCGUCGUCGCAUCUUUCGCUUUCGCUUUCUGCCGCGGAAGGUUAGACCGCAGCGGCGGAUCGAAAUCCGGAAGCGCGGAGAGCGGUUUCGUCGGAGGAGGGGAAGGGAAGAGACGAAGCAGCUACGGAGGCGGAGGAGAGGAAAGCGACGCGACGUCGGCGACGGACAGGAGCCGGCUUGUGUUCUUCGAGAGGAGGAAACAGUUCGAGCUCGAGGAUCUGCUGAAAGCAUCGGCGGAGAUGCUUGGGAAAGGGAGCUUGGGGACUGUGUACAAGGCGGUUCUCGACGACGGAACAACGACGGUGGCGGUGAAACGUCUCAAAGACGCGAAUCCAUGUCCGAGGAAGGAGUUCGAGCAGUACAUGGAGAUCAUCGGGAGGCUUAAACACCAAAACGUCGUUAAACUCAGAGCUUAUUAUUACGCUAAAGAAGAGAAGCUCCUCGUUUAUGAGUAUCUCCCCAAUGGAAGCUUACACUCUCUUCUUCAUGGGAAUCGAGGUCCAGGAAGGAUUCCAUUGGAUUGGACGACGAGGAUCAGUCUAAUGUUAGGUGCAGCGAGAGGAUUAGCGAAGAUUCACGACGAGUAUAGCAUCUCCAAGAUACCUCACGGGAACGUCAAAUCCUCAAACGUUCUCCUCGACAGAAACGGCGUCGCAUUGAUAGCCGAUUUCGGUUUAUCCCUUCUUUUAAACCCGGUUCACGCUAUAGCCCGUCUAGGAGGCUACCGUGCGCCGGAGCAGUCCGAGAUCAAACGCCUCUCGCAGAAAGCCGACGUGUACAGCUUCGGCGUUUUACUCCUCGAGGUUCUCACCGGAAAAGCUCCAUCGAUGUACCCUUCUCCUUCGAGGCAUAGAUCGGCGGCUUCUGUGGCGGUGGAGGAGGAGGAGGAAGCGGUGGUUGAUUUGCCGAAAUGGGUGAGGUCAGUGGUGAAGGAGGAAUGGACGGCGGAGGUUUUUGAUCCGGAGCUUCUGAGGUAUAAGAACAUAGAGGAGGAGAUGGUGGCGAUGCUGCAUAUCGGUCUAGCCUGCGUCGUGGCGCAGCCGGAGAAGCGGCCAACGAUGGCGGAGGUUGUUAAGAUGGUUGAGGAGAUUAGAGUUGAGCAAUCGCCGGUGGGAGAGGACUUCGACGAGUCAAGGAACUCGAUGUCUCCGUCGUUGGCCACCACCGAAGACGGUCACGUUUGA